GUGACGAUCACACACUGAUUCUUCUCAACUAAUCAUAAAGACAUUGGCACCCUUUACCUAGUAUUUGGUGCCUGAGCCGGAAUAGUUGGUACAGCCCUUAGCUUACUAAUCCGGGCAGAACUAGCCCAACCCGGUGCCCUCCUAGGCGACGAUCAAAUUUACAAUGUUAUUGUAACUGCUCACGCCUUUAUCAUAAUUUUCUUUAUAGUAAUACCAAUUAUAAUUGGAGGCUUCGGAAACUGACUUGUACCAUUAAUGAUUGGAGCACCAGAUAUGGCAUUUCCACGAAUGAACAAUAUGAGCUUCUGAUUACUCCCACCCUCUUUCCUUCUACUAUUAGCCUCGUCUGGUGUUGAAGCAGGCGCAGGAACAGGAUGAACUGUAUAUCCCCCGCUCGCUGGCAAUCUUGCACAUGCAGGUGCCUCUGUAGAUUUAACUAUCUUCUCACUGCAUCUUGCAGGUGUAUCAUCUAUUUUGGGGGCUAUUAAUUUUAUUACAACUAUUAUUAAUAUGAAACCUCCAGCUAUUUCCCAAUACCAAACACCCUUAUUUGUGUGGGCCGUCCUAAUUACAGCUGUACUCCUAUUACUUUCUCUGCCUGUCCUGGCAGCUGGUAUCACAAUAUUACUAACUGACCGAAACCUGAACACCACAUUCUUCGAUCCAGCACGGGGAGGGGACCCAAUUCUAUAUCAACACCUCUUUUGAUUCUUUGGUCACCCAGAAGUAUAUAUUUUAAUUCUCCCAGGAUUUGGUAUAAUCUCACACAUUGUCGCAUAUUACGCCGGAAAAAAAGAACCUUUUGGCUAUAUGGGUAUGGUUUGAGCUAUAAUGGCCAUUGGCCUCUUAGGCUUCAUUGUUUGGGCCCACCACAUAUUUACAGUAGGAAUGGACGUAGAUACCCGAGCAUAUUUUACAUCUGCAACAAUAAUCAUUGCGAUCCCAACAGGUGUUAAAGUAUUUAGCUGACUCGCUACCCUGCACGGAGGCUCUAUUAAAUGAGAAACCCCAAUAUUAUGGGCCCUCGGCUUUAUCUUCUUAUUUACAGUAGGCGGACUUACCGGAAUUGUACUCUCCAACUCAUCCCUAGAUAUCGUACUCCACGACACAUAUUAUGUAGUAGCCCACUUUCACUACGUCCUAUCAAUGGGUGCCGUAUUUGCCAUCAUAGGAGCCUUCGUCCACUGAUUCCCAUUAUUUACAGGCUAUACAAUACAUGAUACUUGAACAAAAAUUCAUUUCGGCACAAUAUUUGUAGGUGUUAACCUCACCUUCUUCCCCCAACACUUCCUAGGCCUAGCUGGUAUGCCACGACGAUACUCAGAUUACCCAGACGCCUACUCACUCUGAAAUAUUAUCUCAUCUAUUGGCUCAUUAAUUUCACUUGUAGCAGUCGUAAUAUUCCUCUACAUUCUAUGAGAGGCCUUCACUGCUAAACGAGAAGUUUUAUCAGUCGAACUAACAGCCACAAAUGUGGAAUGAUUACACGGCUGCCCUCCCCCAUAUCAUACAUUUGAAGAGCCGGCCUUCGUGCAAGUGCAAUCAAACUAA